CAAUAAUAUUGGGUGUUGGUGGAGAAAGUAACUGCUGUGAGAAGAGUUCACAGCUGGAGUGUUCACUUGAGUUAGCAUCAUGGACUCUGAAUUCGCCUAAGUUCUGCUAAGAAGAAACUUCCCAAGUUGCCUGUCUUCUUGGAAAAUUCCUCCAAGUGUCCUAAAAUCUACCCAGCCAGAAGCUGUACUCAGUGAGCUGCCCUUUGCACCACUGCAAAUGUUUACAGACGAGGAGAUGAUGAUAAAGACAGCAGUUAAAAAAUUUGCACAGGAACAAAUUGCUCCUUUGGUUUCAACCAUGGAUGAAAACUCAAGACUGGAAAAGUCAAUAAUACAAGGAUUAUUUCAACAAGGGCUGAUGGGCAUUGAAACUGACACAAAGUAUGGAGGAACAGGAGCUUCAUUUGUUUCUUCUGUCAUAGUGAUAGAGGAACUAGCCAAAGUCGAUCCAUCCGUGUCUCUCAUGUGUGACAUCCAGAACACAAUAGUUAACAAGCUGAUUAAAAAACAUGGAACAGAAGAACAAAAGGCCACCUAUUUGCCUAAGCUGAUUUCAGAAACAGUUGGAAGCUUCUGCCUUUCAGAGGCUGGAGCAGGUAGUGACGCCUUUGCUUUGAAGACCAGAGCUGAUAAAAGUGGAAAUUACUAUGUCAUCAAUGGGUCAAAGAUGUGGAUUAGCAGCGCUGAAUAUGCAGGACUCUUCGUGGUUUUUGCAAAUGUCAACCCUGCCAUUGGACAUAAAGGAAUAACCUGCUUCUUAGUAGAACGUGACACAGAAGGGCUUCACAUAGGAAAAGCAGAAAAGAAGUUGGGGAUCAGAGCUUCUUCCACCUGCCCCUUAACGUUUGAAAAUGUCAUGGUUCCAGAAGCCAAUAUCUUGGGACAAAUUGGACAUGGCUAUAAGUACGCAAUAGGAAUUCUUAAUGAAGGUAGAAUAGGAAUCGCUGCUCAGAUGCUGGGACUGGCCCAAGGAUGUUUUGACUACACCAUUCCAUAUACUAAAGAAAGGAUACAAUUUGGCAAAAGAGUAUUUGAUUUUCAGGGGCUCCAACACCAAGUGGCACAGGUGGCCACCCAGCUGGAAGCUGCAAGAUUACUAACGUACAAUGCUGCUAGGCUCGUAGUAGCUGGAAAGCCAUUCAUAAAAGAAGCAGCUAUGGCCAAAUACUAUGCAUCAGAGAUUGCAGGGCUAACAACAAGUAAAUGCAUUGAAUGGAUGGGAGGAGUAGGCUACACUAAGGAUUACCCUGUGGAAAAAUUCUUCCGAGAUGCGAAGAUUGGCACCAUAUAUGAAGGAGCUUCUAAUAUCCAGCUGAACACCAUUGCAAAGCACAUCGAUGCAGAAUACUGACACCGUAGGAUUGACCCCCUUCCUCAUGUCACCCAUGUGCCAUUUUGGACAUUGUGCCUUUCUGGGCAGUGAGCUUCCACUGCAUUGCAGCAUUUCAUUAAAGCCUUUUCUUGCGUCCUGAUCCUUCAGCUUGGUAUUUUCUCUUUCCAGUCAGCUUUGCUUAAGCACAGAGAUCAUGUCUAAAAUUUGGAAGAAAUAUGCCCACAUUUUCUCCAAAACUGUUGUUGUGGAGACUUGUUCAUAUUUGUAAACUUUAUAAUCCUAGUGUCAGCAUUUGGGAAAAUGAAGACAUUUGAAAUAGUACUUAUAGAAGUAUUUUAUAUUCCUACUGAAUCUUUGUAUUGUAGCAUGUGAGAAACAUUUGUUACCCUAGGCAGUUUUUAUAGAUUCAGUUGUAAGUUGCUAAACAGCAUAGAAACUGAUAAAAAAAAUAUAUAUAUAUCUGGAAAAAAUCUUAAACUUCUAGUUCUAAAUAUCUGAGAAUGGGAAGAAAAUAAAGAUAUGACUUUGUAGGUCAUAUAAUUAGCUGACACAUACACACAUUGUUUUAACUAAGUAAAGCAGUGUAAUAAGGUACUAUAAUUGACCUGUGUGAAAGAUGCAUUUCAUUAUGAUGCUCACUGGUCAUUUUAAAAACAUCUGUCUUGCUAAAGAGAGUUGAAACUUUAUAGUUUUUGACUAUAAAGUUCAAAUAAUUUGGUUUAAUAAUCAGAAGAUAUUAACAUUAUAGUACUCAUUCUAUCAUGCACUAUUUUCCAGUCAUACAGUUUUCUUUCUGUGUUUUAAUUGAAUACUUUUUUCUCAAACUUGGUUAUUGGGUUUUAUCUAACAUAUAGUAAUUAAUCAGGAAAUUGGGUUUUGGUUCAGUGAUCCUCAAGAGAAAAACAUCUUGUGCCCGUAAUGAAGUAUAUCAAAAUUUCAUAAGGAAUGGGGGUGUAGAAGGAGACUGUAGAAUCUGAAAAAGCAUAUUCAAUAUUAAUUGAAUAUUUGGGAAUGCAGAAAUCUACAUUUUACAAUAUAAGUGAUAGGUAAAGCCCAAUAAAUUCAAAGCUGAUGAUACUAUUCUUCAGUGCUUGGGAUUCUCAGUCAGGAGAAUAGACCCCUCUGGGUGCAGAUGCCGAGUCCCCAAACAAGAAGCUGGACAGCAGACAAGUGAGAGUUUCAUGCUUCCUAAAAAAGAGUAUGAGUCAGACAUGAAAAAGUUCCCAGGCUCACGCAGUUGCUGACAAUAAUCAUUACUGUUAAAUGGGAAGCAUUUCAGUGUUUUAAUGAAAGAUGAUGUUUAUUAAGAAAACUUGACAUUUUCAAAGGAAUUUCACUUUACACAUUCAUGAAUUUGAUUAAUUUCUCUAAUGCAAAUCAUAGUUAAAUAUUCAAAAUUGUGUAAAUACAGUUGAGGUAGGUAUCACAAAUAAGAUGAUGAGACCCCCUUAAUUAGUGUCAGAACAGAAAGACAGAGUAACCUGAUUUAAAAAGCAGGAGGUAGAUGAAAUGCCCUAGAGUGGGCUUCAACAUAUUUAAUUUCUGUGAUUAUGUGCGAGGAGUGCACUUUACAGAGAAUGGAGUAGAAGCCAACAAUAAUAAACAGAAUCCUAACUUCUGUAGAAUUAGAAACAAGAACGUAUGAUAAACAUCAUGUUACAAUUCCUAGCAUAUACAUCUGGACAUUGUAUAUUUAGUAUUGAUAAAGUUCUAAUUCUGUCUCUUUAUUUUGUUCAUGCUCACAAAGAACAGUUAAAUUAAUUAUUAUUGUAGUUAAUAUAUGCACCUGCCUUCUUGUGUUGGUGAAUCAUUGUGUUGUUUUACUAAAGAGAAUGUUGUGGAUUUUUCAUGUAGUUCCUAUAUCAUAGCUUUCCUUCUGACAAUCAUGACUUUGGGGUCUAUCCUGAAACUAUUUUUCUUUUUUUUUUUUUUUGGUAGUCCUGGGGUUUGAACUUGGCACUUGCCUAGCAAGUGCUGUACCACUUGAGCCAUGCCCCCAGCCCUUGAAACUAUCUUGAGUUUGUGCCUAGUAGAGAACGAGUUGUUCACCUCCUGAAGCUUGUCGUUAUUUUUUGAUUUGAGGGUUGGACUGACAUGAAGCUCAAAAAAGAAAGAACUGCCAGAUUUGUGUGGGUGGAGCUAGAGACUUCAUUUUAUAACACAAAAAUGAAUCACUGUGAAGGACUUCAGGAUCAUGGAAAGUUAAACCUGGAAAGACCUUGGAGAACUAUCUAGCCAAUUACCUUUAAAAGUAAAGGAUUCAUAGCCUCGGUUACCUUCCCAAGAUCAUCUAUCCAGAGACAAAAACAAGAAUUCAGAUAAACUGACUCCCAAUUCAUUGUUCUUAUUAUUAAACACUGAAUUAACAGAUUUCAGAUUCCAUCCUUUUUCUGUUUUGUUGAUUUAUUUUGGGUUUCACUGAUAAUAGAGUGAGCAUUUCAGAAGUGUUAUGAUUGAUCAGUGUCAGCACCUACAUAAAGUCACUUGCCAAAAGCACUGGACUUAGCAGGCUCUUGAAGGCUGUAACUGGGAUGUCAAGUGUAAAGAUUAUUGUGUGUGAUCAUUUGCCAUCAUUGUUGUGCUGCAUUUUACUAUGUGCACUGGUUAUAUCCUGCUGGUGUAUUUAUGCUGAUCUGUCAUAAAGUGAAAGUUUUAUUUUAAUGGAGUAUAUCUGACUGUAUUUAUUGUUACAAAAUCA